GUUUUUUCUUGUGCGUUCAAUUUUCGACCAACGUACUAGGGAUACAAUUUAUCAGUUUAUUUUCUUCUGCUAAAGUAGCAUGGGAGUGGAAAAGUUCUUUUUUCUGGCUAGUACUAAUUUAUUUUACCAGUUUACCUGAGUUAUUGGAUUUUUGUGAAUCAUAAAUGAUACGAAGACAUCUAUGUUAUAAUAAUCAAAACGCACAAUGGCAGGACCUGUAGACACAAGAAAGCGAUCUCGCGAAGAGGAACAGAACGAAUUCAUGCCUCUAUCGAAACGGAUUAACAAUUUGCAUCUUAACAAUAACCAAAACAGUAUUGGGAGUGUGUUGUCCGAGCAAGUAGUAGGAGCUUGUGUGCCUUUUGUGACAAGCCAGAUCCAGCAACAUGAAUGUGUGCCCCACCAAUGUCAUCACCUGCACGGCACGGCAACAUCUUGUUCUAUUAAUCUGCACAACAAUCAUCACCUCAUCACAGCUAUGGCUGCUUGCGGUUCCAACAGCAACAGUAACAGCAGCAGUAGCAACGGUAGCAGUAACGGGUCACUUGGAAUCCCAGCCAACAGUGGUAGCACCAGUCCAGCAUCAACGAUUUCGAUCAACGGAGAAAUUCUAGGCGAAUAUUGCCCAGUGUUAAGUGCUGAAGAAAAUCCCCAUUACUUUACGAAAAAUAAGGUCCUAUACGAACUGUAUGUUGAGCGUAUGAACAGACUGCAAUAAGAGAGAAUGUAACCGCAAUUGCAUAUGGUCUUUUGAACUGAUGUGUAAUGCUUUAAUUAGCUCUCCAUCAGACGAAUCGUAUUUUUAUAACUUUAUUCAUCAAGACAGAUUUGAAAAACAUACAAGCUUUUGUGUCUGCAGCGAGGCCAUUUGUUAGGAUUUAUGAACCCCAUAAAAAAACCAAAAGAUAAUAAGAGAAAAUUGGUGAUAAAAAUAAAAUUGAAUCGUUAAGUCAUAAAACAACCAAAUUUCGACCAC